AUGUCAUCAAGAUUCGCUAAUUUCCUUCCAAAAUUAGUUGUGCCUUUAGGUAUAGCCAUCACUUUAGCACAAUCUGCAAUUUAUGAUGUUGAAGGUGGUAAAAGAGCUGUUAUUUUCGACAGAUUGAAUGGGGUUCAACAAAGUGUUAUUGGUGAAGGUACUCAUUUUUUAAUUCCAUGGUUACAAAAACCAAUUAUUUAUGAUGUUAGAACUAGACCUAAAGUAAUUGCCACCACCACUGGUUCAAAAGAUUUACAAAAUGUUUCUUUGACCUUAAGAGUCUUACAUAGACCAGAUGUUAUGAAUUUACCAAAAAUUUAUCAAUCAUUGGGUUUAGAUUAUGAUGAAAGAGUUUUACCAGCCAUUGGUAAUGAAAUCUUGAAAAGUAUUGUUGCUCAAUUUGAUGCUGCUGAAUUAAUUACUCAAAGAGAAGUGGUUAGUGCUAGAAUUAGACAAGAGUUAAGUAAAAGAGCUAACGAAUUCUCAAUCAAAUUAGAAGAUGUCUCCAUUACUCAUAUGACUUUUGGUAAAGAAUUCACCAAGGCAGUUGAACAAAAACAAAUUGCUCAACAAGAUGCCGAAAGAGCAAAAUAUUUAGUCGAAAAGGCUGAACAAGAAAAGAAAGCUUCUAUUAUCAGAGCUGAAGGUGAAGCUGAAAGUGCCGAAACCGUUUCUAAGGCUUUAAGUAAAUCUGGUGAUGGGUUAUUGAUGAUUAGAAGAUUAGAAGCUUCUAAAGAAAUUGCUGCUUUAUUAGCUAAUUCAAAUAACGUCUCCUACUUACCAAGUGGUAGUAACGAUGCUAAUUUAUUAUUGAACGUUGGUAAAUAG